AUUUCCAAUUCUCACAUUUUUUUUAUUUUAGCAUUCAAUAAAACAUUAUAAAAAUUUGACAUUACGUUAUUAUAAUAGCCUACUAUUAGAAUAAUGAAGAUAGGUAGGCGUAACCAAUUUUUUAUCACAUAACUUAGAUACGGUCUCGUACAGUAAUUCAUAUAGAGGAUUUACUAAAUUUUUGUUGUAAGACCAGCAUCCACAUGAAUUAAGGAGAGUUUCAAUAGUGAAGGAAAUUGCUAGUGUUGGCAACUCGAGUGAAUGAUUUUUGGGCGUGAAAAUCUACUGGAUGGUUGAUCUGAUUCUGAUGACAAUGGAAAUAACCGAAGUUGAAAUGGACGGCUAUGACAGCCAAGGAUGUCUCCAUGAUAUGUUUCGGAGACAAGCGAGAAAAACUCCCAAUAAUCGGGCAGUUGUUGGAUGGGCUAGAUUUAAAACCCUUGAUUAUGAGAGCGACUGUUUAGCAGUGAAACUUGGACAGUGUGGAGUGGGAGUGAAUACGGUGGUUGGAAUAUUAAUGGACAGAUCUUGGCAGUAUGUUGUCUCCGUUUUGGGCAUACUGAAAGCUGGUAACAUAUUCUACUCAAUCCUUUCCUGUUCAAUCCACUAAUACUAUAUUAAUAGAAUAUCUUCUUCUUCUUCUUCU